AUGAUGAGAAUUCUGGAUAUUACUUUUUAUUUAUUUUUUUUAAAUCUCUACAUAUACAUAACUAGUUCAAGAGUGAUAAAUGACGACAACAAUGAACAAGGAACAUUUCAGAGAAAAUAUAAUUUAAGAAAAGGUUCUGAGUAUAAUAAUAAAUUUUAUGGUAAUAGUGUAAAUGGGCUUGCAGAUUUACAACAUGGAGAUAUAAGCAUUAGAGGAAAUGAUGAAAAAUUAAAUGAGGGCGUAGAUGCCUCCGAUAGUAGCCAUGAAAGUGAAGUUAGACGUACUGAGGGCUUGACUAGAAACCUAGUUAACGACAACAAUCCUGGUAAUACUGCUUUAAAUAAUUCAGAGGUCAGUGAAAGUGGCACGUUACCUAUUGCUGGCACAGAAACUCACAAGGAAGAGGAGGACCAUGAUGAUCAUCAAGAAAAUGGAACAUGUUGUCAUGUUAUUGAUGAAUUUAUUGAUUGUAAUGAUUUUGAUACUACUAGUGAUAAAGAAUCUAAAACUAGUGAUUCACAUGCUACAGAAAGUACAGAUCAUCAUAAAGAUGAAGAAUGUUGUCAUGUUAUUGAUGAAUUUAUUGAUUGCGAUGAUUUUGAUACUACUAAUGAUAAACAGUCUAUUAGUGGUGGUACACAAACAAGACACGAAGUAGCAGAUGCAAACCAGAGGCAAGAAGAAAAUACUUCUUCAGGAGAUCGUACAACAAUUCCACAAAAUACAGGACAAAUUAGAAAUGAAGGUGAAUCAACAAGAACGACUGUUCCUUCUCCAAAUGUAACAACAAGUGAUGGACAAAAUAAUCCGUACCUCCAAGAGGUAAAAGAAGAACUAACUGAAAAUGAUGAAGAUGAGACAGUAGUAAAAGAAUUAGAAGAAGUGACGGAAGUCGAGGAGCAAUCAGAAACAGAAGCGGAGAAAGUACUGGAAGAGACAGAGGAAGAGGAAGAAGAAGACGAAUUGAAAGAAGUGGAAGAAAAACAACAACAUAAAGCAGGGAAAAGUAAGGACGAAUCAAAUCCAUCAGCUGAUGAUACAAAAUCUUAUACUCCAUAUAUAGAAGAAUAUAAAUAUGUUCAUAAAACUAAGAAAGCAGCUAAUCUUUUUGUUAAAAGUAUGUUACGUUCAUUCAGCGGAGAUCUAAAUGUAGCAGAUAUCCUCAACGGUUUAGAAAAUGAUAUGAAUAAUUUAUUUUACCAGUUUGUGAAUAAUUAA